CAGGACUGUAUAGGGUCAGCACUUCAAGCCUGAUGGCUCAGCAGUCCUGACCUGAGAGGGCUUCAGCAUCUGGACUCACUGAUCUUCCUUCAGCCCUGCCGCCUCUGGUCCAGGACAAGGGCAGAGACAUCUUCAUCUUGCAAGCUUGUGCAUUCUGUAACUUGCUAUAGUGACUCCAAGACCUGGAGUAGAGGACUUCCCAGGGGCUAGGACAUUUGCCUUUCAACUUCUGUGGUCAUCGAUCCCCAAAGCAACUCACCAAACCAGGGUAUCGGUUUGAAAAUGCACCAAGCCAGGCCUCUGUUCUUGAUGAUGGUGGCGUUGCAGCUCAUCCAUCCGGGAAACAGCUAUCAGAGCGAAGGAGAUGGUGCCAGAGAAAUCAGCAAUAUCCUGUCUCCCUUGAUCCCCGGGACAACACUGGCUGGAACUUUGAGUAAUUCCAGUAGAAAGAAUGGCAGUCAGGAGGGGGCGCGCCUAUGGGAUUCCCUUCUCGACUCCAGCACUUUGGGAGAGAGUGCGGUCCGGGGAUCCCGUUGUUGCCACAACGGAGGCACCUGCGUUCUGGGCAGUUUCUGCGUGUGCCCUGCGCACUUCACGGGUCGCUAUUGUGAGCACGACCAGAGGCGCAGAGACUGUGGCGCACUAGGGCACGGAGCUUGGACUCUGCACAGCUGCCGCCUGUGCAGGUGCAUCUUCUCAGCCCUGUACUGCCUCCCACGCCAAACGUUCAGCCACUGUGACCUGAAAAGCUUCCUCUCUUCAGGCUCCAGAAGAUCAAGAGCAUGCAGCAUUCCGAGUCUCCUCUUGCUGGUGCUUUGCCUCCUCCUGCAGGGUGUGGCUGGUAAAGGCUGAGGCUCCUAAGUUGUGACAGAAUCUCCUCCUGAGCCUUGGAGGUGUCACCCUUGAUUACACAGGCACCACCUCGUGCCAGCAGGAAACCUGGGCAGUGGGCAUCUGCCUCGAUGUUGUAUCCUGUAAAUAACAGAAUCACUGAAAUAUGCUGGAUCCUCAUGCUGUGCAAUAAAGACACUUAAUGGUGA